AAUGUAUGCCAGGAAACCAAACCUUCAUCAAAACAUGUAAUGCCCGAGGGGAAGCUGUUCAAGUUACAGUUCAUCGCUAUCUGAGAAAUUGUAAAUGCGAGACUAAGCAAAGUGAUAAAAUUGUUCGAUGUCGGUGUACUAAAAAGUACAACACUAAAACCUGCUUCGGCGAUGAUGUCAUAGUACACCAUUAUCAUUAUGAACGACUUGUUGAAGGUGAAUGCUUAUCGCAACGAAGAGAUGUUCAUAAAAAAUUGGCCUGUAAACAACCGAAGGUGUUCAAGGCAGCCUGUGACUCUUUGACAUGCCAACAACGUGUAACGGUUGUGACUUAUGUGGCUCAGAGAUGUAAAUGUAAACGCUUCACUAAAGUGGAGCACCAAACUUGCUGUUGCAAAGGAAAUCGUACUUCUAGUUACGCUGGUUGUAAGCAUAAUGAUUUAAAAGUUUUUGAAGAAAAGAUAGUUGAUCCUCAAUUGAAUAAUGGUUCUUGCGUUCAACGUGUUCGUUAUUAUUUCCAACCGAUAACCUGUUCCAUCAAGCCUUCGGUAACCCGCCACAGUUGUAGACGUUUUGAUCCUGAAGCUGUUCAAAAAAUGAACUAUGAAAUUGAUCAAGUUGAUCCAGCCCUCAUCUACAGGUUGGUUGAAAGGGUUGAAUGGAAAAUUAGAGAUUGCGAAUGUCGCCGUCAUUAUGGAUCUUACUUUGAAGCAUGUGGUUGUGACGAAUCUCUUGUUCUCAAUGAUUCAGUUAAAGUUAAACAGAAAUGUGAUCCUCAGAGUGGUGUUAUUCUAACUUACAAACAAAAAGUGAGACUAGAAAUAGUCGGAGUUCCAGUUGAAUACAUAAGGCUGAAUCGAUUGAACAAACUGUCCGACGCUUCAUGCCGAACACACUAUAUAAUGGAAUCUGCAAGAAAAAUAAUUUGUCCGGAUACUAAAACUUCGAUUGGUCCGUGUGAACUUGCUGACAAUGGUCGAUCAUACAGGACAAUUAGAGUACACAAAUGGCGGCAACACAAUUGUGUUUGUCAAGAUUUGGCACCUGAGGUAGUUGAACAACAAGUAUGUGCUUGUUUGCCUGUUCGAAUACAGAAACAAUGCGUUGCACUCAAACCAAACGGUCCAAUGAAUCGACUACAAAUUCGUUUUAUUAGAGAACAACUUCAAAAGACUAAACUACCAUCUGGUAAAUACAAAUAUGAGUGUAAAGUUGAACAGAAGGUGAAAGAAGAUAUUAUCCAAUGCCCAAAAAAUAUCCUUCACUACUCAGCUUGCAAACAAGGUAGGAUGAUAGUAACUGUUAAAGUCUACAAAAUAAAUAACUGCCGAUGUCAAGAAUCCAUUCGACGUUCCCAAAUAAAGUGUAAAGUGCCUGCAAAAUUAAAGAAUGUUGCACAGAAUACAUCUAAACUUCUGAAUCAUAUCUUAAGUACAAGGCGGUAUAUUUUAGACUGCACAGAUUUACUUCCUACUGAAGAGUGCAUAAAAAUGAGUCAGUCACCUCGUCGUAUAUGUGCUAAAUCUAGCCAUCUGUCCGACUCGCUAUGUCGCAGAACGUGUCGUCGUUGUCUAGCCUGUAAACUGGACAAUAUUGACUAUCAAAUGAUCACUACGAAUUAUCCGUGCAUGGAUAACAAGCAAGGUGUUCUAAGCAGAUUUUUGAUUAAAUCCAUUGCAGUGGAGUUCACACUGGCAUCAUGCAAAUUGGCUUGUGCUAAGCGUACGGAUUGCUUGAGUUUCACUUAUUCCAUACCAAAUCGACUAGAUUUAGACAAAGGCUACACAGCUGCUAAGUGUAUGCUUUAUCGAGUAGACCCAGCAGCUAUUAGACAACAACACGAUUUCCAACAACAGCAACAAUCAGAUAUUUCACAACAACCUGUUCAGUCUUUAAACCCAUUCCUUUCUUUAGGAAAUAUUAGGAAAUGUUUGACAUUCAGAAAAAUGUGUAAAAACACUUGCUCAAAACCACAAAUUAAAGAAAUUUCCAAAUGUGAAUGUAAAGUUUACAAAAGUUAUUAUGGAUAUCCAUCAGAUCCGUCUAAAUUCAAAACUGCUUUACACUGUGCAAAACAUAUCAGUACUGAAUAUCACAUCCAACUAAAAUCAGGUAUUUGUCAAAAGCAAGUCUGGCAAGGCUAUACUCCCUGUAGUAAUCCAAGAUAUCGUGAUUUGCAUAUCAGAGAUCAAAGUAAUUGUGACGAUAUCAAUUCAUCUUUAUGGUGCGAAGCUCAAUUAGCUGGUGAUCGACGAAAGUGUAAAGAUGACGUUUUCGGCAGGGUCUGUUCAAAAACAUGUGGUCUUUGUACGUGUAACGCAGUGAACAUUUUUAAAGGAAAAUGUAAUUCUACUGGAUACAGAGUGGACACUCACAUUAUUCAUAAAUCCCAUCCAAUUCAUCGUAUAUGUACUAUAGAUGUGAAAAAUUAUUUAAUAGUUUGUGAAUACUGUCCUGUCGGUACGUAUGAAUUUGUACAUAAAUGUGACAAACAAAGCAGAUCACGUAUAAUUAACCAGAUUACAGCUAAAUUGAUUCAAAUUCCACAAAACGUUGGAGGAAAACCACAAACAAAAUGUUCAGUCCAAACAAAGAAUUAUAAAUUCCAGUGUGGAGAUUGUUUAGCAGCAUACAGAGACAAGUAUUCUAUAUCCCCUUGCAAUCGUGUGCCUACAAGACCAUCACUCUUUCAACUUACUUUCACUACAGAAUACGUAAUCAGUGAAGGUGGUUGUUGUAAAACAAGACGAACUCAAAGGCAGUUCAACUGUUCAAACUGUCCCCCACAUCGAGUGAAACGCAGUUCAUGCUACAAUGGCCAAAGACUGAAACAUAUCAUAUUCUUUACUCGACCAUGGGUUAGUUCGUCUGUAAAACCAAAUGAAUGCAUUCAAAGAAUAAUCACACGAUGGGAGAAGUGUACGGUAGUUCAUCAUCCCUCUGGAGGUAAUGUUUUCAUUGAUUUCUUACAAAGUUCCCAUAUACUGCUGUUUUUAUAUCUGUAAGCGCUGUCGAAUAAAUAUUUGGACAUUUGCAUCAAACAUACAAACAGUGAUGUGAGAAAUGACUACAGACCUUUUUUACAUUAAAGUAAGAGUAACACUAGCUAUUAAGCAGGGUAUUGUAACGUCAGUAUGAUUUUACCAGACGUCGUGACUUGGUGGUCUUACAAAUUUCCAACGGAAAAUAAGCCUACUCUUUAUCAAUUACCGAUGUUCAAUUUUUACGAGACUGACAUUGGCUAACUUUGAAAAUCACCUGUAAAGUUCAUUAUACUAUCCACUCCUCGAAUCGGUCAUUUAUUUUGAUAGGUAGUCUUAGAUAUUUAUAGUACUGGCUCUAAGGUUAACACUGAUUUUGGUGACAACUACGAUGGUGUUUACAGAAUGAUUGCCCACAUUAUUGAACAUUCUACAGACAUGCAAGAAAACUUCGUGACCAGAAAGACAGCGAAAAGUGCUCAUUAGUAAUCACUUCGACUUCAAAAGUUCCAGCCACUGUUCUGAAUAAACUCAAAAAAUUAAAGAAAUACCUUUAAAAAUGUUUCGUUUGCCUGUACCUUAAUGAUGACUAACCGAAGAGCUCAAUUGGCACCUUUCGUGCUGUUAUAGCCUAAUAAGCUUUGUUUCGUUUUAAUACGAUGAGAUUUUUCCCGCAUCGUAGCAACUGUUAAUUGAAUUAUAUCUUGACUAAUGAUUCCAAGCUACUACUCAACUCAGUUCAGAAUGGUAAAACUUUUACGUGUUACUUAUGAAAAAAUGGAUUAUGGCAUCAGUGCAACUGUUCUAGUUUGAGUUUAGACGGAAAACACGUCUUGAUGUAGUUGUAAGCUGAUAGUUCAAUGUCGUCCAUUUCACAAGUUAAUUCAUAUUCUAUUCUAGGUAAAUCCCGUUUUGUAAAAGAAAUUGCCAAAGUUAAAAAUGUCAUUUUAAGGACCACACCAUACUGAUUAAUGGUAAAGUUCUCCAAAAUGCUUGAUUAUUGUAGUCUUCAUCUUAAAAGAUCUGAAUAUUCGCGGUACUACAGAAUUUCCAACCAUGUGGAUAGGUUUGGAGAUUACCAAGCAAUAGUAGAAGGCUUGGUUUGUGACAAAGUGGUUUUAGCAAUGAUCUCUGUGUAAUGGCUUACUGAAGUACGAAAGAAUCGUAACCAUCAGACCGAAAAACGUCUUAAAGUGGGAUUGAACUGAAAUUGAGUUUCUAUAAAAAGUCGAUUAUAUUGUACGUCAGGCACUGAUCUUUAAUAAUCAGUGCUGUGCUUCCAUUACAACCUACAAUUCUGUAAUACAUAACACAAACAUAAAAGAUUGACCUUCUUAUAUAGAAAAAAUGAAGAAGAAACUAGUUCAUGUGGUAAAUAAUAACCUUUAUUGUUUAAAUGUGUUAGUUGUACAGAAAUAACCAUCAUAUUUCUGCUAUUUCAAGAUGGAUGUCAUGAUAUACUCACUCGCAUGGACUGUGUUGUGAUGAAACAAAGCGGAAAAUGUCAUCUAAAUUCAUAUGAAGCUCGAAAUUUAUGUGCAAAAACAUGCGAUUUUUGCAAAUGAAUAAUAACAGUUCUGUACAAUUACUACCAUCAUCAUAUUCUUUCAAUUAUCAAAUAAAGCAUUUUCAAUUAU